UCGAAUACAGAGGUGGGCCUACAUGUACUUCUUUACUGAUAGAGAGGCGCUGUACUUCUUAUAACCACGAGCCUUAACCCCCUUGAACUCUCCUUUAUCUGAGAGGUUUGGUAACGUCAGCAUAGACACUGCAACCGGAACGGUCGAUAGGAGUAGUGUGUAUAUUUUACUUAAUGCAGUCUGAUAGAUAUGGAUCUUCAAUACGAUAUGCUGAAUUUUGCUCAUUCUGGAGCCAAGAAAAAAAUUCCUGGUCAGAAGUUUGCUGGAGGUACUAAAGAUCUGAAUCACAACGUGCCGGUAGCUCUACCAAGAGCUGCAGUCUCACGCACAAAGGUAAGCCAAUGUGCCAUUCUUCCACCAGCACCCGGUAAUCCUGGAAACAUGAAGCCAAGCCAAUCUGUUUGCGAUCUUCUGGAUGGAGAUCAGCUAGAUUCUAUUGCCAAAGGGCUUAGGAACAAUGAAAGGCUUCCAAAAAUGAAGAAAGGUGUCAAUAUCGCAGGACGACAACUCGGAAAGGUCAGGCCCAAAAGGAGACGGAAGGACAGCAGGGAGUCUGCGAAUGACGUCCCGCCGGUGACAGUUGCGUCGCGCAAGAAGACGAGAAGGUCUGGUAAAAUACAGCGCAGUAACCAGAGAGCUGAGGAUGUCGGUUCUUCCGACCGAGCACCAUCACAUCGUCAAGGUCAUCAAGAGAAAAGGCGGCGCCGAAGACGAAGAAAGCGCCCUCACCCCGAACCACCUCCACCGGAAGGUCAGAUCCGUCGGAACGAACAGCUUCAUAUUCUGGCAACAAACCCUUGUCGCUCAGACCGUCUGAUUGAGCACAAGAAGGCCGUUGAGAAACAAUUUGGUAGCCAUAGCACACAGCUCACAGAGCCUCAGAUGAAGAUUCGAAAGAGGAGACGUUCGAACAGCGUCAAGGACCCCCAGAUGGACUUUGAUCUCUGAAAAAUGGUAGCCUUUUCCCGAUAAGAAUACUGUUUCAGUAUAAAGUGAACUUUUCCAAUGAAUGAUGUGUUCAUGUUAAACUGCAUAUACACUGUUCGAAAAUUUAUCCUUAAAAAUAAAGAAGUUCCAGCCGCAUAGUCUCGAGAACACCUG